UGAGAUGAGGAAGAAAGUGAGGAGGAAGGACUGCACCAGACUGAGCUUCGCCGACGGCGCUGCACAGAGAGAAAACACGCCAGCAAACACUCGGAUUAAUUUUUAUUUUUCUAGUUGCUUCUCGAAGCUGCCCGGGUUCUUCUGAAGAUGCACUGAGGAUAAGAGUAUGGAAGUGGAGGAGACCAGUGAGCCGAGGACUUCCUGGUUUUCCGGUUCAGGUGAGACACACUCCAUCUGUGAUCAUGCUGGGAAGAAGAGAAAACAAGAUUCGACCACUGAGGCAGUGGCCAGAAUAUUAGAGCAGGAUGAAAAUGAAGAGGCCGAUGGUGAAAUGAUGUCAGACCUUGUGAAUGAUUCGGAGGAGCCCAGUAACAAAAGGGUGAAGCCUGUGGUGAAGUCCAACAGCCUGACGGGAGUCAUCACCCCGGUGAAAACCCCCGCGCUGAAGCGCAUUUCACAGAGCAUCUCGCGCUCCAUUAGUUUUCGCACAGAGGCCCGACCUUUGCCCUCCACCCCGCUGCGCGCUCGCACAAAGGCCUCGUCGUUUCCACGCCGGCGGAGCAGUCAGUGCUGGAGCGACACCGUGGAGAGUCACGACCUCACGGCCAAGGAGAUAAAACGCCAAGAGGUGAUCUAUGAGCUGACUCAGGGGGAGAGGCAGCUGAUAGACGACCUCAGUCUGGUGAAAAAGGUGUACUAUGAACCCAUGCUGAAGCUGGACAUAAUGACAGAGAGCGAGCUCGGUCAGAUAUUUGGUACUCUGGACUCACUCAUUCCCCUCCACCAAGAUCUUCUGAGUCGUCUGGAGCGUCUGAGGGGUUCAGAGAAGACGGUGGGAGAGGUGGGCACCACUCUCAUGGACUGGUUCCCCUGUCUGGACGCCUACGUCACGUACUGCUGUAACCAGGUGGGGGCCAAAGCUUUGCUGGACCAGAAGAAGCAGGAGAAGCGCGUGGAGCAGUUCCUGCGCCUGUGUCAGGAGUCCUCCUUCAGCAGGAAGCUGGACUUGUGGAACUUUCUGGAUCUCCCCCGGAGCCGCUUGGUCAAAUACCCUCUGCUGCUGAGGGAGAUACAGAAGUGCACGCCGCCAGAGCACCCGGACGAGGACACGUUACCUGAGGCUCUGGAGCUCAUCCAAAGCAUCGUUGCUGAAGUCAACAAGAAGACGGGAGAGGCCGAGUGUCAGUUUUACCGGCGGGGCCUCGUCUACCUCGAGGAGAGUCAGCGGCUGCCGGAGAUCCAGCAGUCGCGCUUCCUCUACUGCCACGGAGAGCUCAAGAACAAUAAGGGCCAGCGGCUGCAUGUGUUCCUGUUCGAGCUGGCGCUGGUGCUGACCAGACCCGGAGAGGACCGAGAGGGCGCUCAGGUGUUUCAGGUGUACAGACAGCCUCUGCCCAACGCCCUCAUCAACCUGGAGGAGAUCCCGGACGGCGAGGCUGCAGGAGGAGGCAGCUUCAGAGGAGCCUUCACCGGAGGAAACGAUAAAGUGAAGAACUGCUUCCGAGUGAGCAGCAGGGGGCGCUCCAAAGCUCACCCUUACAGCCUGCAGGCCAAUGACUCCUUCAGCAAGCAGCAGUGGAUCACCUGCCUGCGACAGGCCAUCGUCCAGUCCCGGGACAGGACCUCUCACACCAGCCAGUCGCAGCUCCCCCCUCAGGCCGACCCCGACCUGUACCACAUAGCCGAGCUCAGCCUCAGCUCGGACACGGAGAUGGCGGACCACACCAGCCGCUGACUGUCAGUCACACGGAGCGCCUGGCGUCCCGUGGAGUCUCCACAGUGGUGUACAUUGACACUGUAGCAAUAAAAUAGGACUGUCAGUUAUAGAUGACUGUGCCCAGACUCAUGCAAAGAAUGUUCAGUUGUAUUUUUUUUUCCUGUUUUUUUUUUUUUGUUUUUUUGUGUGAUUGCGCUGAUAUGUUCCUUCAGACCUGGAAAUUUUUAUUGCUGAAUGUGAAUUUAUUGUGGAAAAUGUUCUUGUUGUAUUUUAAUAAACUGACACUCAAAAGAU